AUGCCGAAGCUGCAGGCAGCUGUCCCUAUCGAGCUAAUAGAUAAGAUCAAGUCAGCUAAUCCUCAGUAUACAUUUAUUUAUGCAUCAGUUGCUCAGAUUCAUGUUGCUUUUCCAGAUCCAAAAGUCUGGGUAAAGAAAUUUGAAGGUAUUCUAACUUUAGACGCCGACAAUCAGAAAUGCGUAUAUAUCAAUCUUUAUGAUUUCAAAUCUCUCAAGCUGCUUUUCUCUCACGAACUUUACUAUGACUUUAAGGAUAAAUGCAAAGCCCCAGCAAAAGACUUUUUCCUCUUUCCAUCCGAUGUCUGCAUGAUUGGAUUGCAAUUUCUUAAUGAUGCAGAAAUGAAAAACUUUUAUAAACAAGUAAAAACAGCUUCACCAAAGAAAAAGAAGAAAUCUUUAUUCGGACGCAAAGAUGAUGAACAGAUGAUCAUCUCUGAUGUCAAAUCUGUUGAUUAUAUCAGUGGUGCCAAGCAAUCCAACAGUACUUCGAUCCAAAUCACUGGUGAUAACUCAAUUGUCGACCAAACACUCCAAGAAAUGGGUUAUACUAAAGAUCAGCUCAGAGAUCAAGCUAUUGCCCAGAAAGUCAUGGCUAAAGUUAUUCAAAAUACUAACGCUAAACUAAACCCAGAUGCAAAACCAAGCAAAAGUAUGUCAUCUUCUAAACGUUCUUCACGUACACCGAAUAAGUCAAGCUCAGGAGGUGGUCCUGCACCUCCUCCUCCACCUCCACCCCCUGGAGCUGGCGCGCCACCACCACCACCGCCCCCUCCAGCUGCUGCUGCACCACCCCCUCCACCUCCAGCUGCAAAAGGUGGCAAGAAGGGAGGAAAGAAGUCUGGAGGAGGCGGUGGAGGCGUUGUUAAGCCAACAGACGAUGCUCUCCAAGAUAUGAUCAAAUUCAGAAAGAAGAAUGCUACCAAAGUCAAACCACCAGAACCAAAACUUUAUUUCCAGGCUGAUUCUGGUGCAAGUGCAGCAAAUACAUCUCCAGGAGCUGUUGGUGGUGGACCUGCCCCAGUUGCUGCGGAUCCGUCAAAUCCAGCUGCAGCCGCUGCUGCAAUGCUUGCAAGAAGGAAGGCAAAUGCAAAUAAGGCAGCAUUACCACCUGCAACAGUAACUGCCGCUCCUCCACCCGAACCAAGUCGUCCAGCAUUUGGUGGAGGUUUUGGUGGUGCACCUAAACCAGGUCCUAAGACAGUAUCAAGGCCUGCUCCAGCUGCACCUGCAGCCCCACCGCCACCUCCACCAGCUAAUGUCGCUGCACCACCUCCACCUCCUCCCGCUGCAAAAGGUGGUAAGAAGGGAGGAAAGAAGUCUGGAGGAGGCGGUGGCAUUGUCAAGCCAACAGACAAUGCCCUUCAAGAUAUGAUCAAAUUCAGAAAGAAGAACGCUACCAAAGUCAAACCACCAGAGCCAAAACUUUACUUCCAGGCAGAUUCUGGAGCUGGUGCGGGCUCUGCUGCCCCAGCUGGAGGAGCCGGACCUGUAUCUGGAGGUGGUGGUGGAAUGCCACCUCCAAGACCAUCUGAUCCAAUGUCAGAACUUGCUGCUAAGCUUGCCGCAAGAAGAAAGAUGUAA